AUGCCAGAUGAGCGGUCGCAGGAGCGCGCUAGCGAGGAGGAGGAGGUGGCACUGCUGAUCGAGGGGGAUCGCGGCACUGCUGCGGCCCCCACGCAGACGGCGCCGCAGAAGGAGGUCAAGUUACCUGCUGUUGUCUGGGCGGUGCAAGUGCCGCAGUUUGCGAUAGCCUUGCAGUACCAGGUGCCCUUCGUCGUCGGCGUGUACCUCGUGCGCCAGCUCGUCGGCCCGGAUGGCUCCGAAGACACUAUCGGGCGCAUGGCAGGCAUGCUGGGAGGCAUGGGGUCGGCCGGCGCUUGCGUCACGGCGCUAGCGUGGGGCUUCGCAAGUGACCGCUGGGGCCGCCGGCCCGUGGUCAUGGUCGGCUGCGUCGCGUCCGGCGUCAGCAUCAUCCUCAUGGCCCUCGCGCCGGCGUUCUGGCUCGCGUGCCUCGCCCGUUUCAGCGGCGGGCUCUUCAACGGCACCAUCGGCGCCAUCAAGGCGGCCAUCGCCGAGGCAUGCGACGCAGUGGGCGCGAACCAGGCCACCGCGUUCGGCCUGAUGUCCACGGCAUGGGGCGCCGGCAGCGUCGUGGGGCCCAUGCUCGCGGGGCUGCUCUCGCGCCCCUGCGACGCGGUGCCAGACGCCCCCCUGUGCGCGCCCGACACAGGGCUGCUUGCACGCCAGCCCUACCUGCUGCCGUGCGUGGCCACCGCGCUGGCGCUCUGGCUGGCGUCGCUCGUGGUCCUCGGCAUGCCGGAGACGGCGCCGAGGGUGCUCCGUGCGCGGGAGGCCGCUGCACGGCAGCGCGUGGGCAAGGACGUGGAGAUGGCCGCCAUGGCGGACGGGCGCGGGGCGGACGCGUCGUGGCGGCGGAGCGACAGCGCGGCGACGCUGCCGCACGCGCCGGGGUCGCCCCCGAGCGGCGAGGGCGACGGCACGGGCCGUCCGGACGUCGCACCGGUGUCGGCCGCAGACGGGCGGUGGAAGGACGGCAGCGAGGUGGGGGCGGCGAGCAUGUCGGACAGGGACUGGUGGCGGUCGGGGCAGGUCCGCGCGACGGUGCUCGGGUACGGGGCGGUGGCGCUGCUGUACUGCAUCAUGGACGAAGUGACGCCGAUUUUCGGGUCCGCGGCGGUCGCGGACGGGGGUCUGGGGCUCCUCGAGCACCAGCUCGCGCUCCCGCUGUCCGUCGGAGGGAUCGUUCUGGUCGUUCAGGCCGUGUACGUGUUUCCGCGCCUGUCGAAGCGCUUUGGCGUCCACCGCGUCCUGCGGUGGUCGCUGGCGGGGCAGGCCCCCACGACGUUCCUCGUCCCAGCCACGUCCGUCGCCGCGGGCGCGGGGGCGCCGCGCGCGGUCGUGCUCGCCCUCCUGGCGAUGGCCGUGGUCGUCAAGGUGGUGUGCAGCGUGUGCAUGUUCACCGGCUCCAUCAUUUUGAUCAACAAGGCCUCGCCGCCCAACGCCAUCGGCGCCAUCAACGGCCUGGCGAUGACGGUCGCCGCGCUCAUGAGGGCCUGUGGCCCGAUGCUCGGGGGGCUCCUCUGGGGCGCGAGCCUCACCGUCGGCAUGCCCGCGCACCAGUACUUCCCGUUUGCCGUCACGUCGGCACUGUGUGUGGCGACCUGGCACCUCUACGGCAAGGUGGUCCCCGACCGACCGGCCGGACGAUGA